AUGGGUUCCACACAGCCGCAAUUCAAAAACCCUGCCACCACCUCCCUUCUGGAGCUGGUCAAGGCCCGCCGCACCUACUACGGUCUCAAGGCUGAGAGCCCCAUUUCCGACGAUGCCAUUGAGAGCAUCGUCGCCAACGCCGUCCUGCACGUGCCCAGCUCCUUCAACACCCAGACUUCCCGCGUCGUUCUGCUGCUGAAGGAGGAGCACCAGAAGGUCUGGGACAUUGCUAUCGCUGCCAUGGAGGGUCUGGUUGCCGCUGGCACCCUCCCUAAGGAGAACUUUGAGAACCAGACUAAGCCCAAGCUUGAAGCCUUCCGCGCGGGCUACGGAACGGUCCUCUUCUUCGUCGAUUAUGACUCCCUCGCCGGUAUCAAGGAGAAGUUCGCCAUCUACGCCGACAAGUUUGACCCCUUUGCCCUGGAGUCCAAUGCCAUGUCCCAGUACCUUAUCUGGACCGCUUUGGAGUCCGAGGGCUUCGGUGCCAACCUGCAGCACUACAGCCCGCUCGUUGAUGGACAGAUCCAGAAGCAGUGGAACCUGCCGGCCUCAUGGAAGCUCGACGCUCAGCUGGUCUUCGGCGUCCCUACCUCGGAGCCCGGCGAGAAGGCGUUUGCGCCCCUGGAGGACCGCUUCAAGGUCUUUGGCAAAUAGACGCAUUAUGAUUGAUGCCAUUCUGGAGUUAGCGUGUUAGAUUAGACUUGCGGAUUCGUGCCCUGAGGCGUACCGCCGCUCGAAUAGACUUCUUCUAAUUUUGUUGCAA